AUGAUCGAGGAUCAGCGUCCACAUACCGGUCUCAAAGGUGCUAAAGUCACUGACGAUAUCCAAGAAUUGAUGUCGUUUUCUGACGCUAACAAGACCAUUGGCGGAUACAUUGAAGAUGAACCGACGACAGGGAUUAUACACUUGAAAAGAGAGAAACUUCCUAGAUUCUCCUCUACUGUUCACGCAACGUUAGAAACGGAGAGGGAUGCUGGCUUCGAGCGGGAAGAGGAAACUGAGGAUGACGAUGACGUCGAAGUUAAGAGUUAUGAAGGAAAUGGAAAGGGAAAUGGAGAGGGAAAUGGAGGUGAAAACGAAGAUCGUGGGCAGAUUAAGGAAAUCAACAGCAAAGGCGAGAAGAGUGAAAAUCGGGAAAAUGAUGACGAGGACGACGAAGAAGAUGACGACGAUGAAGACGAUGAUGAUGAUGACGAUACCUUCUUUCGUGGGAAUUAUAGACCGGCAAGUGAUAGUUUCCACAACAACAGGUCCCAUCGUCCAGUGGUAAUUGAUGCUGAGCGAGAUAAAGGUUCCGUGUCAGAGAGUCGAAAGAGUACCUCAGAACAAGCAACUACACAGGCUGGAGAAAAAAACGAAAUAGUGAUUUACUCCUCGGAUAGCGAUCAAGUCGAUAACGAAUCAAACAACGUAUCAAGGUCUACCAAGCGAGCUACGAAACGUAGCAGGCGCAAUUCGAACUCGCUGGUAGAUGAGUUGCCCCGCAAAAUGAGGACCAGAAAUACUCGUAGCCCCGUUGGAUUACAAUUUCAGGCUAAACAGGGAGCGUCUGUUACCGAAACACCAACUGAGACGGAGGAUGAUGAGGAUGAGCAAUUUUUCAAAGACCUUGCUCGAGAAGCGGGCAGAUCUGCAAGUACCCUGGAAAGAAAUUCACCAGCGACUGAGAACCGUGUUUUCAACAUCAAAUUCACUUCUAAUUUAGAGGGAACUAUUGAAAAGAAGAUCAAUGCGAAGGUAAAAGGUACACAUACCUUUUCCCAAAUUCUUCCAAUGGCACUGAACUUAAUAAUUAAAGAGUACAAUGUCCCAAAAGAACUGCGACCACAAUAUGAAAGCCAAAAUGUCUCUAUUUAUCGUAACGGCGUCAAAAUUUUGAACUUCAUGAGUUGUAAUUCACUUCAAGUGUCUGCCGAUUCGAAUGUUAAAACGGUCGAGGCUUCCUUGAGUCUGGUACCUAAAGCUCUCGAAAGAGAUUACGAGGCCAAGUACGAAAAAGCGGGCCAAGGGGAAGUAUCGUCCAUACUCGACGAUAUACCGAUAGACUGCAAUGAGACCAGUUUUUUGACCGGAGACGAAAACGAAGAUGACAAUGCUAUACAAUUAUCUGAUGGGGAAGCAAUACAGGUUUUGGACGACAGUUCACUAGCUGAAAGUAAUGCUGGUAUCAUCAAGAUUGCACUAAUGGCCAAAAAUAACGUAAAAACUCACGUCAAUGUGCACAGAGACACGUCUUUCGCAAAACUCGACCGCCAUUUCAGGAUGGUGAAUAACAUACCGGCGGGGGUUGACCUAAGAUUUGUCUUCGACAACGAGAAUAUUAGUCCUACACAGGUAAUCGAGGAUCUGGACUUAGAGGACGAAGAUAUAAUAGAGGUAAGGCUGGUGUAA